GAGCCACCGCAGUGGCCGAGAGUGUAGGAAAGCUCGUGAAUUUGAACCAUGUGGUGCUCAAUUUCCAGUACAACAAGUCUCGGAAAGCUCGUGAAUUUGAACCAUGUGGAGCUCAACUUCGAUGACAACAGCCUCGGAGACCCAGGAGCCACCGCAGUGGCCGAGAGUCUCGGAGAGCUCGUGAAUUUGAACCAUGUGGUGCUCAAUUUCGAUAGCAACAGACUCGGAGCCCAAGGAGCCACCGCAGUGGCCAAGAGUCUCGGAAAGCUCGUGAAUUUGAACCAUGUGGUGCUCAAUUUCGCCUUCAACAACCUCGGAGCCCAAGGAGCCACCGCAGUGGCCGAGAGUGUAGGAAAGCUCGAGAAUUUGAACCAUGUGGUGCUUAAUUUCGAGAACAUCGGCCUCGGAGCCCAAGGAGCCACCGCAGUGGCCCAGAGUCUCGGAAAGCUCGUGAAUUUGAACCAUGUGCAGCUCAACUUCAAUGGCAACAGCCUCGGAGACCAAGGUCGGCGGGCAUUGAAGUCGCUUGAGGAGCAGGUCGCCGCGCGCUGCAGCAUUAAAGUAUAGUAACAUAAUUCGCACUGCAGCUUCCAUGUAGCUUAGUUUCGCAUAGCUUCGCGUGGACAACUCACGUUGUUUCACCGCGUUUCACUUGUCGCAUGAAAAG